AUGUCGCAUAGUGAAGAAUCAACAUUUCGCUCUGCGCGAACUGCAUCUUCCUUUUCUGGAGAGAAUCAUGAUCGAAAUUCAUCAUUUUCAAAAAGAAAUUUUGGAGCUUCAAAAUCCAUGGCCACUGGUGGCAUUAGUGCGAUGAUGUCUCGCAAAGGUCAAAACAGUGUCGAUGGUCGAGCUCAAGAUUAUGAGACAAAAGACUUGCGGAGAUAUACGAAGUCAUCUCCACCUUCUCAAUUAGCACAUCCUGUGGAUGAGAAGAAGAAAGAAAAUCAUUCAAUUCCAUUGUCGGACCGGGAGAAUUUCGAUGAUCGACGUGGAAGUGUUCCUUCAGAUGCAACAAAAGCCAUUCCUGGAUUCGCACCAGGGAAUAAUUCUUCUACAGUUGUGGAUACCCUGUCGACACAUUAUUUGCCAACGAUCUUGUCUACACAUGGCUCGCUACCCAUUCGGCAAUUGAUGUCUGUGUUGGUGGAAACGUAUCCAAUGUUCAAUGCGCUGAGUCCAACGCAACAACGACGGGCGUUGACGAAGGCGCUGGAAUCGCAAAAGGGAGUUAUGUUUGACAAGGUGGGAUGGGGACGUUGGAUCCUUCGCGAAACCGGGUCGUCUGCACCUGAAUCUGCAACUGUUGAAAGACCCUCGUCGUCUUCUGCGCCCAAUGUUAGCUUUUUCGAAAAGGAUCAGCAAAGAGAUAUGAACAUUCCGCAGAUAUCGACCAGGACGGUUUCCCAUAUACCAACAAAUUCGAUGAAAACAAAGCGGGAAGCUACUGGACCGAAAGACGAAGCGAGAAAGAAGGAAGACGAUAUGGAGAUUGAUACGGAUAUGGAUGUGUCGGUGAAACAAACCACCCUGCCGUCUAGAAGCACGGUGGUUCAACCCAAAAAGACCAGCAAGGAGACGAGGAGCCAAUCGAUGCAGACGCCUUUUUCGAGUUUUUUUGCAUCGUUGGAGGAGACGCCUGGAAGCUAUACGGCACAUUUAGGUGGAUUGUUGAGUCCGCGAGAGCAAACGCCAUCGUUGUUUCGUGAACAGUACCAUGAUAAUGGAGUAUAUUAUGAAGAAGAGGAUGAUGAGGAAGAGGAAAAUGACUUUUAUGAGGAUGAUCAUGAAUAUGAUCCGGCAAUGCCACCGUUUGUGUUGGAUGAAGAUCAAGUUUUGGAUGCAGGAGGAGAAAGCACAGAUGAAGAAGACUGGCGUGGCAUUGGAACGGAGGCACUUUUACGGAAAGGAAAUGCGGUGCCGUUACGCCGUUCGCCAAAGGGUAUGUUACGAAAGGAUCAAAUGGCAGCCGAAGCCAUGUUGAUGCUUCGCGGAUCUAUAUAA